CUCGUAUCGGGGAGUAGAGGAAUGGUCAGGUCGAGAAUGGAAAAAACGGUCGCACAGGAGGAAAACGAGAGAGAAGAGGUGAUAGUAGUAGAGAGUACGAUAGAAUGGUUCCUACAGACGAGGAGAGAGAGAGACAAGAAUCUCUGCUUCUGGGUCUUUUUUGUUUCUUUUCUUUCUUGGGUGUUUGUUUUCUUAACGCGCGCCACUCCCUGAGAACCCGAAAUAAACCAGGUCAAGUCAACAAACCUGGAGAGGCCGGGAUUUCCUGGUUAUGAGGGAUGGGAAUGGAGGAAAUACAAGCCACCCAAAUUGACAGAUCUUUUUUCCUUUUGGCGUGUAAGGGUUGUAUGUAAUAAAAAAAAAUAAAAAGGAAAAAAU